UUAUCUUAAACCAGUUUUGGCCAUUUUGCAAGUGGUUUAUGUGCACUGAACUUCUGUUGUGUUACAGAUUUGAACUGGUUUCCAAUCACACCAGUUGAUGUGCAAUUUCUGUCCCUAGCCAUCAAUCAAAUACACCCCGUAGGACUGUGGCUGUAUCAGUGUGACAAAGAAUGUUCUAAAGAAAGCCCGGUGCUGGCUUUGGGCACCAGCAGUCAAUCUAGGUUGCCAAAAUUGGUGCAAUGCACUAGAACAUUGUGGCAGGAACUACCAUUCCCAGCAGGUUACCGGGGGGAAAGAGGAAGGAAGUAGAAGGGGAGCCAGAAUUGCACAUAGAGAAACAGCUCAGAGAGGAGAGCGGAAGAGAGGGAGAGAAGCAGGAGCCAGCAAGACUGCAUGCUGAGACUCAGGAGCUGCAGCAGGGCUCAGAUGAGAUCGGAGCUCUGCUUUGGCAAUGGCCAAGCUCACAGUCACCCCAAGGACAUCCCUUGUUGAUGAACCAGUGAAAAUCCAUGUCUCUGGCUUGGCUCCCUCCGAGCUGGUGACCCUCCAGGCCUCUUUGACAGAUGAUAAGGGGGUGCUCUUCCAGUCCAGAGCUUUCUACAGGUCUGAUGAGGCUGGCGAGGUCGACCUGGAACACACAGCUGCCCUGGGAGGAGAUUAUGCUGGCGUGCGCCCCAUGGGUCUCUUCCAGUUCUUGAAACCGGAAAAGAUGUUUCAUAGGUUGAUGAAAAGAGAUGUGAUGCAGAGUCCAUUCCACGUGCGCCUGGAUUUGUUCAGCUCAUUCCACUUGGUUUCCACACCCCAUGAUCAACCUGUGACAAGCCGGACUGUGGAAAGAUGGUAUGUGGCACCGGGAGUCCAACGAAUCCUGAUCAGGGACGGCAGAGUGCGUGGGGCCCUCUUCCUCCCACCAGGAGAAGGUCCUUUCCCAGGGCUGAUUGACCUGUUCGGCGGUGUGCGUGGACUUAUUGAAUUUCGAGCCAGUCUUCUCGCCAGUCGUGGUUUUGCUGCGCUUGCCCUAGCGUACUUUGGUUAUGAAGACCUGCCUGAGAUUCUAGCUGAGGUGGAUCUGGAAUACUUUGAGGAAGCCAUCAACGUCCUUUUGAAACACCCCAAGGUGGAGGGAACAGGGAUUGGCUUGGUCUCAGUAUGCAAAGGUGCUGAGAUUGCACUGGCCAUGGCAUCAUUCCUUCCCAAGAUCAAAGCUGUAGUUUGCAUUAAUGGGACCAGUGCCCUCAAUGGGACGUCACUUCGCUACCGGAAUCUACACAUCAAUCCAAUCCCUUACAAAUUGGAGCACUUACGGUAUAGGUCCAUGGGACAGCUGGACAUCUAUGACACAGUUGAGGUCAUACGCACAGAGAUAAGUCAGGGGAGCAUCCUACCUAUAGAAAAAGCUGAAGCCAACAUCCUCUUCAUUGUGGGAGAAAAUGACAGGAACUACAACAGCAAAGCAUUUGCUGAGGAAGCGAUGGAGAGAAUGAGGAGGCAUGGGAAGAAGAACUACAGCAUGCUUUGUUAUCCAGGUGCUGGACACCUGAUUGAGCCCCCAGGGUCACCAUUCUGCUACCACUCAUGGGUCUCCAUGUUUGCCUGUGUUGUUGUAUGGGGAGGAGAAGCCCAGUCCCAUGUUGCAGCACAGGAGCAUUCUUGGAAGGAGAUCCAGAAAUUCCUUUGGCAGCACCUUCACCCAGGUGUAAGCAGCAAGCUCUGAAUACUGGGAGGCAUGGACCAAGGAAUGUCUGUGCCCAUCCCUUCCAGGCACCCAAUUAAUAAAUACUAGAAAUGUGUUGCCAGUUGGGAGUUCUUCAUUGAAAUGGAGAUUCACUACAACAGGGGUCAAAUAAAGGUAUUUCCAGACCCUUCA